AACCAGGGCAUUUCCCUUUCACACUCCAUAACUCACUCACUCUCUGUCUCCCUCUACACCUCUCUCAUUCUCCCAACUUUAUUUUCCCCUAAAAUGGAAGAGUGAACCCAUUUGCCUUCCACGGUAGGAAUUGCAAUCUAGAUACUGUGAAAACCUCUGGGUUUUUCCCUACUCUUGCAGAAUUGGUGAGAAAUGAAAGCCACAAAGAUCCAAUUUUUUUCGAGGCAAUCCAUAGUUUCAUGGGGGGUUUUAGCACUGGGAGCCCUCUGAACCAACCAGUGACAAUGGAUGAACCAAUGAUUGAUACCGAGUUAAACGAGCUUCGUAAUGAUGAAGAAAGGGUUGUGCAAUUAGAAGGAAAUUUACUGGAGUUGAAUGAGUACCCAACAGAUUCAGUGCACAUCCAUGAAGGUACAGAAUUUCCUGAAUGUGGGCAAAAGAAAGAUGAUUCAGUUACAAAUGAAUUGGAUCCUUUUAUUGGUCAACGUUUUCGUAGUGAAGAAGAAGCUUUCAUUUGCUACAGACAAUAUGCAUAUAGGAAUGGAUUUUCAGUUCGGAAAGAUCGAUCUUUUGUAAAAAAUGAAGAAGUAAGAAGACGUGACUUUUGUUGUCAACGUGAAGGAAAACCUCCUGUGAAACUAUUUGAUCCAUCCAAGGAACAACGAAAUAGAAAAUCGGUAAAAUGUGGAUGCAAAGCUCGGAUGCGUAUCACUUUAAGGAAAUCCGGGGAUAUGUUUCCUCAAGAAUGGCAUGUCACAGAGUUUGUUAAAGAGCACAACCAUGAACGGUUGACUCCCACGGGAGUUCGGUUUCUUCCAGAAAUUAGAAAAAAUACUAAGGAGGAUGAAGAUGGUUUUCUUUUAUUAGAAGGCCUUUCGGAAGACUCCGUUAGCAAUGAAUUCGAUCCUUUUAUUGGUCAAUGUUUUCUUAGUGAAGAAGAAGCUUUUAUUUGCUACAAACAAUAUGCAAGUAGGAAUGGAUUUUCAAUUCGUAAAGAUCGCACAUUCAAAAAAAAUGAAGAAUUAAGAAGACGUGACUUUUGUUGUCAAUGUCAUGGAAAACGUCCUUUGAAACUUCUAGAUCCAUCCAAGGGACAACGAAACAGAAAAUCUAUAAAAUGUGGAUGCAGAGCUCGGAUGCGUAUCACUUGGAGAAAAUCAUUCGAUAUUUUUCCUCAAGAAUGGCAGAUCACAGAGUUUGUUAAAGAACACACCCAUGACCUGUUGACUCCUACAGAAGUUUGGUUUCCUCCCGUAAAUCAAAAAAUUAAAGAGGAGGAUGAAGCUCGUAUUCUUUCACUAAAAGAAGAAGGCCAUUCGGUUGGACAAAUAGUGCGUGUCAUGCAACUUGAAAAAUAUUUGAAUCAUGACUAUCUUCCAUUCUUCGAGAAAGAUGUUUGCGACCUUGUUACUAGAAUAAAAGGGAAGGAUGGAGUCAAUGAUGCAACUGAUCUUUUAAAACAUUGUGAAGCUGCAAAAGCAGAAAAUUGUGAGUUUCGAUAUGCUUUUACAAUAGACGAAGAAAGAAAGUUGGAGCAUCUUUUUUGGUCUCCAGCCCACUCUUUUGAUUGGUACCAAAAAUGCGGGGAUGUUGUUGUGUUUGAUACUACUCACAAGAUCAAUGCAUAUGAAAUGCCUUUUGGCAUUUUUGUGGGAGUCAAUAACAAUGGGAAGACAAUAUUGUUUGGAUGUGCACUUCUCCGAAACAAGACUACAAGUGCUUUUCAGUGGUUGAUGAAGACAUUUGUAUCUUUGAUGAAGAAACAACCAAAGACCAUCCUAACUGAUCAAGAUCCAAGGAUGACUGAAGCAAUUGCAAAAGAGUUUUCAUCAACAAAACAUAGCUUUUGCAUAUGGCACAUUACCAGUAAAUUUAGUGGUUGGUUUAUGGGUGUUCUUCGAAGAAACUAUCCAUGCUGGUGUGCUGAUUUUGAUAAGUUAUAUCACUUGGAUACUCCAGAAGAGUUUGAGUAUCAGUGGUCUCGAGUAGUUACGAAAUAUAAUUUGCAUAGCAACAAGCAUGUUGCUGGUUUGUAUGAAAUUAAGCAUUUUUGGGUGCCUGCUUACUUGCGUGAUCAUUUCUUUGGAGGGAUGAUAACGACGGGAAGAUCAGAAAGUAUAAAUGCAUUCAUAAAGCGGUUCACUAGCUCUCAUACGAAUCUGGAACAAUUUGUCAGACAGAACAAUGCCUGUCUCAAUGCAAGGGAUGAAUUGCAAAAUGCAGCACUCUGUCCAGCAGAAACAGUGUUGUAUACUUCUACGGUUGUUAAGGUUCUUUUACAACUGUGGUGCUGUGUCAAAGUAAUUCUGGAUUUGUUUAUUUUGGCUUUCGAUUCAUACAAAGGCUUCAUCAUCCAGGAUCCUUCAGCACUGGAGCAUACUGUUCAGAAUGAUUCCUGUAUUAAUGGAAGGGAUGAAUUGCAAAAUGCAGCACUCGGUCCUGCAUCUAAGGUUGUCAAGAAGCUCGAGGAAGAUCUACAAAUGCAAGGUCUAAAAUUAAAAUGGCAUGAAAAUAAUAUCAAAAAUUUUGAGUCUCAGAUAUGCAGAUUGGAGGCCUCCAUUCGAGAUAUGCAAGUUAGUCUUGGGACAUAUGAAUCGUCGAGUGCUCCAUUGAUGGAAGCUGAGGACUAUACUCGCAUGGAAAGUGAGGAGGAAACAGUAGACCAUAUCAUAAAGCAUGAAAAAUCUGCAGCUGGCAUUUUGUGCUCGCUGAAAAGUAGUCAUGGUAGCCAAGCUUCUCAUCUUCUGUUGACCAAGGAUGUUCUGGGUAUUGUUGCUCAACUUGGGAAAGUGGAUGAUGACAAUCUCAGCAGGCUUCUCGCAGAGUACCUUGGGAUAGAAACUAUGUUGGCAAUUGUCUGCAAGACUUGUGAUUCUGUUAAAGGUCUGGAAACAUAUGAGAAAGAUGGUUCUAUAACUAAAAGUUCUGGUAUUCACGGGCUUGGAAUUUCUAUAGGGAGGAAGUUGGAUGGUCGUUUUCUCGUCAUUUGUCUAGAGAAUUUAAGACCAUAUUCUGGCGAGUUUAUAUGUGAUGACCCCCAACAUAGGCUGGAUCUUCUGAAGCCAAGAUUACCAAAUGGGGAACCUCCACCUGGCUUUCUUGGGUUUGCGGUGAAUAUGAUCAACAUUGAUAAUGACAACUUAUUUUGUGUCACGGCCAAUGGUCAUGGCCUACGGGAGAUUCUUUUCUAUAACCUCUUCUCUGGUCUUCAAGUGUACAGAACAAGAACAGAUAUGCUACACGCUCUUCCUUGUAUAAGAAGUGGAGCCAUAUCUUUAGACGGUGGGAUAAUAAAGACUACUGGCAUGUUUUCCCUGGGAAACCGGGAAAACAUAGCUGUAAAAUUCCCGAAAAGCUGUGGAACGUCAAAUCUACGUGCCAACUAUUUUGAAACUGCAAGGCGGAUAACAGAGAUGAAAUGGGACAAAGAGAGGAGGCUGGAAGACAUGCAGAGGGAACGGGUCUUACUGGACCACACAAGGUACAAUUUCGACAUAAAGAAAAAAGAGCUUCUCAAGUUCAUCGCAGGAAGCUCGUCAUAUGUGACUCAGCAUCAGAUUCAGGCAAGGCGAUUGACUCCGACGUGAUAUCUGUAUUGAAGGUUAUUGGAGAUUGCUUAUUUUCUCUCCGCGCUAAUUUCUAUAUACGAUCCUCAAUGGAAUUCGAUCGUCUCAACACUCUCCUUGAGCUUGGCUCCGGGGACUUUCGCGAUAGGACUUCAGAAGCCUUGGGGUUUGCUGUCUUCAGUCUUUGUUUAGUGGAGAUAGUGAUUCUUGUAAAUUCAACGAGUCCCCCUCAUCUUUUAUUGUCUACUUUAGCUUUGGAUGUAGCCAUGUAGGGGCUCCUUGUAACAAAAGUACAAUGUGAAGUAAUUCUGUAUCACUUUCUCUUUCCA